AUGUCCACUGGGAAAAGACGAAUUACUACAGUAGGAAGGGGCUCAGCUCAGAUAAAGAAAAAUCAAGUAGUGGGUCAGCAAUAUGACGUGCCGGCUCUGUUGGCUGAACUCGUCCAUCUUCUUUACACCAGGCGACCUCUCACGACACCAUAUGACACUGGAUAUCUCCUCAGCAAAUCUCUUGCAAAUAUACAGCUGGUGAUUAGUCUUAAAGAAUCUGACAUGGAAUGGCAUCCCGCAUCCAUAUUCCGAACGGACGUCAUCCCGACAACCCCAUUCGCGAUUCUGAUACUCAAUCAGCCGAUAAAUGAGAAUGCGUUUGAUGCUGUGAGGAGACACGCAUGCUACACCCUCCUCGCCGACGGCGGCGCAAACCGCUACUACGACCUCAUGAAGUCCCGCAAUAUUGAAAACAUCGACCUGCCAUCCUGCAUCCUCGGCGACCUCGACUCGAUCCACCCACACGUCCUUGCACACUACAAGUCUCACCAUGUCCCCAUAUUGCACGAUCCAGACGAAUACUCCACCGACUUCACGAAAUGCAUCCGCUUCUUGCGCGCACACGCGCAUGCGAUUUUGUCCCAAGAAAAUCCGACGGUAGGCAUGGGUGAUAAUCACGAUUUAUAUAUGACCAGCCAUCCUACACCAGCAUCUGCGACAGGGAAGAAAGGACAAUUGGACAUCGUAGUGCUGGGCGGACUAGGUGGCAGAGUAGAUCAGGGCUUUUCGCAGGCCCAUCAUUUAUAUGCUGCAUAUGAAGAGAAGAGGAAAGAAGCCUCGACGAGUCAAGCGGGGGAUUUAUAUCUUCUUUCUGAGGAGAGUCUUUCGUUUAUUUUGCCGCCGGGGAAGAAUGUCAUCCACACGCCAUUCACUCACCAGCAACGACCGGAUUAUCAGACCCAAAACGAAGGGAAAGAGAUAUUCUCAGAAAACGUCGGCAUAAUCCCGCUCUCCGGGCCGACACUCAUCUCCCUGAAGGGGUUUGAGUGGGAUGUCACCGACUGGCGUACCGAGAUAGGCGGGCAAUUGUCGACGAGUAACCACAUUCGAGCCGAUAAGCUGGAGGUCCAUGUCGAUGUAGACACAAACAGAGCGGUACUGUUUACGGUUGAGUUGGGAGAUAGGUUUAAAAGGGUCGUUCUAUCAUAG